AUGCGACACGUUGUCGCCGCCGUUUUCCCGUUCGUCAUCGGCUGCCUGUUCGCAGCCGGUGUGCCGAAUUGUCCCGAUUUGGAUGUGCUCGAGAAUCAGGCAGAUCUCACGCAGGAGCAACUCAACAAUCUCAUUUUAUGUUUUUGCAAGCCUCAAAAGGAUGACAAGGUCGACAUUUCAUGCUUAUAUGGCUCCAACAUGGACCAUUUGAUGAAGGCUGCAGAUGCUGUGAAGAAAGCGAGUCUCACAACUUCAAAGCUAAGCAUCCAACACAUGGAAUUUCCGGACACGGGACUGCCUGAGGUGGCGAAAAUCGCGCCGAAAUUGGAGUCGCUCGACAUCCAGGAUUGCACCGGCGACGACGAGCUCACAAUCGCCGACGACAGCUUAAACGGGCUCGAGGACACAAUGCGAAACCUCACAAUUCAGAACUGCAAUCUCAAAUCGGCGCCGAAGGCCAUCAACCGGCUCAACAACCUCGAGACGCUCUCAUUGAGCAACAACAAACUCGAGUCCCUCGAAGCGGAAACGUUCGACAACAAGAAGCAGCUUUCUUAUUUGGACGUGUCUGGAAACUUUAUAACACAAAUCGAGGACGGCGCAUUCGAGCCAUUGACAUCGCUUGAGACGUUGGUCAUCGGCGAUCACAACUUCAUCAACAACACUGUCGUCGAUGAAAUCGGAAAACUCAAAGCGUUGAAGACUUUGGAUCUUUCUCGCGCUGAUGGCAUCUUUGAACCUCCAAUGAAACUUUUUGAGGAGAUUCCUCAAAUCGAGACGCUCAAACUCGCCGGAUGCUCGAUCGCGUCGCUUGAGCCAGGCCAAUUCGCGAUUCUCAAAAAAUUGCGCGAACUUGAUCUACGUGUAAAUCUCAUUGAGAACAUGACCGCCUACGCUUUCGACGGCCUUGAGAAUGUUGAGCGACUCUCACUUGCAGGAAACUAUAUCUCGAACCUUGAGGAUGACGUCUUUUUCGGACUUUCAAAUUUGAAAGAUCUCGAUCUGGGUUAUAAUGAGAUCAAAACAUUACCAAAAGGAGCUUUCAAGCCACUCACCGAAAAGCUGAAAACCCUUAAUUUGCGUCAUAACCCCAUCACAGAGCUUCCUUCUACUGGUCUUUCGAAACUCGAGAAAUUGUCACUCGCCGAAUGCGGUUUCACUUCACUUAACAAAGAUGGGCUCAAACACUAUCCAAAGCUCGAAGAGCUCGAUCUCACAAAGUGCAACAUUUCGAAAAUCGAUAAGGAUGUUCUAGACGCUCAAAAAGACACAUUGAAGAGGCUGUCUCUUCGCGGAAACAAACUUAAAACGAUUCCAGACUUCCCGAAACAACUUCCAAAUUUGGAAGAAAUCGAUGUUUCCUCGAAUCCAUACGUUUGUGAUGCUGAACUCGUGCAUUUCUAUUUCUCUGUUGAUGAUCGCAACAAGGCUUCACGAAACAACGGAAAGCCGUUUAAAGUCACUAAUGCCAACGAAACGCUCUGCGAUCGUCCGUAUACAUUGCGAAACGAAUUGGUGCUCGCCCUUGAGCCCGAGCAAUUCCAACCGUACGAUGAGAGCAUUGAUACGACCACGACAACCACAACAACCACCACAGAAGCAAGUGCCGUCGAAGAAUCGACGACAGCGCUCAAGAUCCCAGACCUAUUUGUCGGCGGAAAAACGAAUGACACUCUCUUCAAGGAAGAACCGCGACGUGAUGUGUACGAUUUGUCGAAAACCGACGACACAAAGGGUGUUUACAACAAUCAGAAAGGUACAUUCGCUGUGGCGAUUACAAUCGGAGCAAUUGUCGUCGUUUCGCUCAUUGUCCUGGCGGCUGUCGUCCUUUUUAUGAAGAAAAACCGCAAAGUGAAUGCCGACGGUGCGAAUAAAUCGCCAAAUGCAAAAAAGCAAGGAAAAGAUGCAAAAAUCGAAGACGGCAUGGUCGAAAUCGAGCUAGAUUCACAACCGGGCUCGAGACGAUAA